UCUUUUGCUUAUUUAUGAUUGGUCGUGAUCUGUUCCCGUGGGCGGGGUUAUGCUGUACACGUGAGGGAAGCAGUGCGGAUUUGAAGCUCGCGCUCAGGGUAGGAUAUUGGAGAAAGAGAUUUAAACUGCGAGAGAGAAGCUGCAGCAAACCUAUUGAAGCGACACGAGCUUAGAAAAGGAUCGUUACAAAUACCAUAUUCAGUCUGCACAGGGAAACUGAUAUACGACGUGUACUGCAACUAAUCUGACGAAGAACAUAGAUUUUAAAAAAUACAUUAUGACAGUUCUGACGAGGAAUAUAAAGUAAAACUGACUGCACAGUUGAGUCAGGUGAAGUGUGUUUACGAUACUGCACGGUGAUUUGAUGGUCAUCUAUAGUCAUACUAUACAGCGGGUGCCAGUGAAAUCAUCACACUUUUAAAGUUUUCUUUAUAGAUAUUCACAGCUGGGAAACCACAGGCAACGGUAAGCACUUUCAAAUAAAUGCACCCUCGUCUGUACAGAAUCCGAUCGUGUUGUUAAUCCUCUUUGGAGUAGCUGCAAAUCCGAGGCUGAAAGAAACUGCGUGUACUAAUCACUAAAAACAUUAAUCAUUCUAGCACUUCAUGAAAACUGCGGGGUUUUAAAAAGGGGUUGCUAGUCUUGAUUCGGGAACGGGGAGCGUGUCUGAGGAGGCUCCACAGGACUCGGGAGAGAGUGAAACUGACAGUGCUUGUGCUAACUUUGGGAGUCAAAUCUGUUCCUAUAUCCCACACAAAAAAGAACCUUUCGCUUUUAAAUUCCAGCUACUCGGCUUCACGAAGACUGCAAGGAAUUUAAUCUGAUUGCAGUCAUUUCCUUCUACUAGACCGACUCAAAGAAAAUAAGUACCCAGCACCGCACUUCACAUUCCUCAAGGAAAUACUGAACAAUCGGUGACAUCGGAAUUCGACGUGAUGUCAGGAGAAAGGUACUCCACUCUGGACGAGUCGUCGCUCAGAAAACUGCUCGAUGGCACGUCUGACCUGGACGAGCGGCGGCUGAUCCGCAGUGCCAUCAGGGAGAUCCGCCGCUGUGAGAUCGAGGGCAUGGAGGCGGCGCUGUCGUUCAAACGCUUCCGCGGCGCCAGGAACUGCGAGCAGCUGGAGAACAAGGAGAACCAGAUCAGGUUCCAGCGCCUGUGUCCAGAUCAGGACGACACUCUUGAGGCUCUGUCAGGGAAGCUGCAGUCCAUCGAGGAUGUUGACGAGCUCACUGCCCUGCUACGAGGAGCCAGCGAGUACGAGGAAAGGAAGCUCAUCCGAGCCGCCAUUCGCAAACUGAGGGCACAGGAGCUGGAGGCAUCAGAGAAAGCUAUCUGUGAAAGCAGGUUGGAGUCAUUCCAGUGGCGUGGGAGCAGGGAGGCAGAUCCGGAGCCGGCCCACAGCAAAGCAGACCUGGAGAUUGACAACUUAGAGGAGAGGCAGCGAAUCAGGGCUCAGAUCAGAGAGCUGCGCAGCCAGCAGAACCAGGAGGAGGCGCUACAGAGAGCAGGUAUGACAUCCGGAAUGGUGUUGGUCCUGGACCCUCUAAAUAAAGAGGAAGCAACCCUGCCAUCACGGCAACGCCUAUAUUCAGAGGCUUCAGAGCGGGAACUAGCAUCACGACAACGCCUGGAUUCAAGGGCCUCAGACCGGGACCUGUCAUCACGACAGCGCCUGGAUUCAGGGGCCUCAGACCGGGACCUGUCAUCACGACAGCGCCUGGAUUCAGGGUCCUCAGAGCGGGACCUAUCGUCACUGCAGCGCCAGAGCUCAGAGCUGAUAAGCGCCUCGAGCACUGACUCUGAGCUGGAGUGUGAGAGCAGACUCACAGGGGGUGCCCCUGAGCAGGCCUUGUUGGGAGGAGAGGAUAUGAAAGAGGGGGAGGGAGUGUCUCAAACUGACCAGGACAAAGACCUCGUUGAUGGGAAUGCCUUCUCCAGGGGUGGGCCAUGCAAGAAGGAGCCUGUCUCCCAGAACAGCCUCCAAAACAGGGGAGAGAAGCGGGCAGUGAACGGGGAGCUGGGAGGAUGCAGCAGCAGCAGCAGACAGACCAGCGUGACCAAGGACCCCCUCUACAGCCGCUCACAGACCUCCCUGAGCUGUGCCAAAGACAAAGCAGAGAAAGCUGCUUUGAACAGAGCUAGCUCUGUGCGGGACCGGGUGAAGAGAUUCACAGCAGAGGAGCCGGGCCAGAGAGCCGAGCUCGGAACCAACUUCACAGGGCAGAGAAGGGGGAGCAGUCGGGUCUGUGGGAACCUGCAGUCCCCCUUCUCCAAAGCUACCCAGAGGGGCGAGGGCAGCAACGGGACAGACCGAUUCGGGAAGAACAAAUCAGGACUUACCUCCCAGAGUCCUGUGGAGAAAUCCGUCCCUUUGAGUUCCAAGCUUGUCUCGGGUCCAGCCAUCACAGGGAGCUCCAACGGAGUGUCCCAAACCAGGAAACUUCAAGGGGUGUCUGCUGAUAGAUCCUCCCCCCUGUCCCGGGACAGCCAAUCGGAGAGGGCCAGGCUGACAUCAUCGGGGGAUGAAAACCUCAGGGAGCGAUCAGACAGCUCAGACCAAAGCAGGACCCUGAGUACAGCUGAACCCCAAACACAGCCAGAGUGCCCCCACACUGACCCCGACAUGAAGACCCUGCUGACCAUUGAGAUCAAGGACAGCCACGGUGCCAACACAGCCACACGUGUGACCGGGAACACGGGCAGCCAGCGGGCAGAGCUGACACUGGGUCUGAGAGCCACCCCCUUCAAGAUCAUAUCAUCCUCAAACACCAGUGGGGCCCUGAAGAUGGAGAUGGAGCCCGUCCUGGCUGCUGAGGCCACAGAGACUCCCCCCAGUGACACGGACGUGGUCCCCAACUGCACACAGGGGGCUCAUGGGAUGGGGGAGGGUCACCGGGGAAAGCUGACGGCCGAGGAGCUGGAAGCCAUUGAAGACGAGGAGGUCCUGGACAAGAUGAUCGAUGAGACGACAGAUUUCGAGGAGAGAAAGCUGAUCAGAGCGGCUAUGAGAGAUCUGCGCAAGAAGAAGAGAGAUGCUCUGCUGGGUGGCAAACAGAGAUCAGAGGAGGAUCUAGACCAGCGAGAGAAGGAGCGAGAGAAGGAGCGUGAGACUCGACUCCAGGAGAUGAAGCAGAAACAGGAGGAGAAGAGGAGCCAGACUGCCCGCGCUGGAGAGAUGGUGGUCAGAAAAACAGAGAAGAUCUCCCACUCUGAUGAUGGCAGCAGGGCGUCCCGCACUACCACCAUGGAGGCGAGUUACAUGAAGAGAUCUGAGAACAGCACAACCGUUGUUCAGACCAAAUCCUCCUUCAGCUCCACUUCUUCCUCCACCUCUACCAAGAAGAUGGGCAGUAUCUUUGACCGAGAAGAUGACUCGUCCUCCCGCGCUCUGGAACGCAAGCAGGCGGAGCGGCACAAGGAGAUCAUGAGGUCCCAGACCCUGCCCAAGACCUCUGCCACACAGGCCAGGAAAGCCAUGAUCGAGAAGCUGGAGAAGGGGAGCGGCAGCCCUGCAAACCCAGCUGUGUCACGGGUGGUCAAGGUUCAGAAGACAUCCAGUUUUGGGGUGCCCAACGCCAACUCCAUCAAACAGAUGCUGCUGGACUGGUGCCGGGCCAAGACCCGCGGCUAUGAGCACGUGGAUAUCCAGAACUUCUCGUCGAGUUGGAGUGAUGGCAUGGCGUUCUGCGCUCUGGUUCACAAUUUCUUCCCUGAAUCCUUCGACUACAUGGCACUGAACCCCCAGAACCGACGGAAGAACUUUGAGGUGGCCUUCACCAAUGCAGAGACCCUGGCUGACUGCCCCCAGCUGCUGGACGUCGAAGACAUGGUGCGGAUGCGAGAGCCGGAUUGGAAGUGCGUUUACACGUACAUCCAGGAGUUCUACCGGGGGCUCGUCCAGAAGGGGCUUGUUAAAACCAAAAACUCCUAGAGUUUCCGCCCACCCCCCGAAAACACCCCCACAGCAUGAAUCUUUGCUCACUGCGACCCCUUGCUGGAGGUGGAGGAUAUGAUGAUCAUGGGAAGGAGACCGGACUCCAAGUGUGUCUUCACCUACGUGCAGUCACUCGUCAAUCACCUGCGCAGAUACGAGAUGGCCUGCCGCAGAGCGCACACUGACCUGUAACCAGCAGCUCCACAUCAACACACAUACCCACAUGCUCCUGCAUACCCCGAAAGGAGUGCCACCCAAGCCUCUACAAUCCAUCUCUUGUCUCCUUCUCAGCAUUAGCAAUUCUAUCACUGGACCGUUUUGAUGUGCAGAUUGUUAGGCCAGUGCUUCCUGGAAGCGUAUGGCUUAACAGGAAGUGUUACUAAGGAGCAGCUGUUUACAUGUUGAAAUCUAUGGUGAUGUACUCAAAAUAUACAGAAUCAACGACACAAAACAAAAUCACCAGUGAUCCUGUUGCUAAGGCUUAAAGAAAUGGAUUUGAAGGCGUUGGGUAGUAUUCCUGUACAGCAGUGCUGCCCAAACAUGGUCCUGGAGAGCCCCUAUCCAGUAAGUUUUGUAGGUCACCCUAAAUCGCUAAUUUCUAAAGACUGGGAACAUAGGGAAGUUAUUGAUCAAUUAAGCAAAUAACUUGUUCAAUUAAGGGAACUCUGGUCAUUGGGCCAGUUUACAUGCUGGGAAAAUGUCAUGACUUGUUUACUGUCAUGACUUAUUUAAGGUGGUACGGUCUGGAUUACAAUUUUAGUUAGUGUUGGUUUAUGUUUAGUUUAUGUUUGAAUACAAAUGUAAUACAUUAUACAAAAAUCAAAUACAACAUGAAGUUUCAAAGCAGGAAUUGUUCAAUUAAACAAACCAAAACAAUCUAAAAUUAUAAUUCAACCGUACCACCUUCAAUAAGUCAUGACAGUAGACAGAUAAGUCAUGACAUUUUCCCAGCAUGUAAUCCAGGCCAUUGAGGGCUGAAAAGGGUAGUUCAUUUUUUUGUACCAAAUUAUCUCUAAAUGACUUCAUUUAAUAAAUCACCUGCUUAAUUGAUCACAAUGAAAUUGUUCCAGGUGUUAAGAAAUUGAUGAUUAAAGGUUGCCUAUAAAACCUGCUGGAUAGGGGCUCUCCAGGACCGGGGCUCUCCAGGACCGGGUUUGGGCAGCACUGCUGUACAGUAUACCUGUUCCAGGUAAUGGCCUCCUGUAACUCACAAUACAAUAACCACCCCUACCUCACCUGUUGCAUAUAGAAGACUAUUUAACCUGGUAACGUGCUACAGUAUGAAACUAACACACUUCACCUUGGUGUGUUGCUGUUCCUCAUGUAGAUGUCCGAUUCUAUGGCUGGAAAGCUACACACAUGCAAACAGGGUUUUGGAAGUAAUAUGUAGUACAGCUAUCUUAAACCUUUCAAGAACUUCCUCAUAACUUGUUCAGGUCAAUUUCAUUGGGAUCCAGGUUCAAACAGAACAUGUGGGUCCAUCUAAUGAUAAGUCUGGGUGACUUCUUCAUUUGUCAUUUGAGGCAGCAGCUGGUUGGUUAAUAUGCAGGAGAUUAAAUAUAUGAAGGCGAUUUUGAUUAUUAUUAUUAUUAUUAUUAUUUUUAGAAAAGGCAGUUACUUAUUUGAACCCAAAAUGCUGAUUUUGUAGUUGACUGACCCCAAGGAAGCACAGGCAGCGAAAGGGUUAUCCGUAUGUAAUAAUUAAAAGGUCUGAAAUGGUAAAUCACAAAUUCCGUUUUCGCCAUGAUGUGUUUCUUCAAGCCUUCGAAUGUGAGGCGUGCAUUCAGGAAUGGCAGUUUAAUAGAACGAUUUAUUAGAACUUUGACAAGCUGCCUUGUAAUCUACCUGUUUUCAGGUAAUCCCCACUUCUGUCUCCCCAUUACUCCCAUUGAAACUCACCUCUCGUAAUGCACCUGUGCUGACAGUAAGAUGCAAUGUUUUUAGCUCCUCUCCAGGUACAGAAUGCUCAGUAUAAUGUCAUUUUACCAAACUCUGCAUGCUUUUAAAACACACGUUUACUUGAAUUGUUUUUGUUGUUUUUUAUUUAAAGAAAACUUGUAUAAGCACUGAUAAGGAAAGUAUAUUUUCUCUGUAUUAUUUUUUCAGUAACGUUAUUGUGACACAAGUAGAUUUUUGGCUCCAGUCUGCUCACAAGCGGCAUAUCUUGUGUCUUGGCUUUUGUGUGUGUGUGUGUGUAACAGGUUUUUUUUUUUUUUGAAUGUAGAUUUCAAAGGCGAUUUUAUUUGUUAAGACUUCAAACUAUUAAUCUCUCUGAAUCCAGAAAUUUCUAUCAAAAGAUGCACUUAAAACAAAGGGGGAAAAAAACUUAAAAUGGCUUAAAUUAUAUCAGUCUAAGCUGUGGGUCUCAAUACUUCACUUGCACUGUUAAGAGAUAAAUCUUUUCAUAACCUAUAUAAAUGAUCUUAAAGUAUGGAAGUAUUAGGCCACUGUUUAGCUCAAUUUGAAUCUUUCUACACAGAGAAUGGAUAUCUCAAAUCCAGUCUUUUCUUGUCUAGAUGAUCACUCCCAUAAUGCCCCUGGGUUGGCGUGACCUGGAUGGGCCUGGUAGGCAGACUGGAGCCCCACUUCAGGCUUUUAUCAAUUUGUGUAUGCGGACUGCACGCAAAAGACUGCCAGUAGAAUAGCUCUGUAUAGAUAGGUGUUUUUUUUGUGUAUGUGUGUAUAUAUAUAUAUAUAUAUAUAUAUAUAUAUAUAUAUAUAUAUAUAUAUAUAUAUAUAUAUAUAUAUAUAUAUAUAUAUAUAUAUAUAUAUAUAUAUAUAUAUAUAUAUAUAUAUAUACAUACAUUGACACUUGUUUAUAAACAGUCAUGACCGGUUUUGUAUGCAGAUCAGAUUGUAUUCAAUGUGUGAUCAUAACUGUGAUCCUAUUAUAAUGGCUAAAGAGAUUCCUGGAGCCCCACUCCUACACUACACUCUGUUUUACCACUGAUAGACCCCUUACAGUGAAGAAAAGUUCCUAGUUCUUGGCCGACCCCAAAAUCUGCUUUGAUUUCAUAAUUAGUCAUAUUUGUAGUUGCAUUAAAAAAAAGUAUAUUGAAUACUAUUAAAGUUGUUACACUGCUUAAAAAAAAAAAAAAAAAAAAAAAGUUUAGUUAAUUCUAAUAUACACCUGUCUAUUUUCUGAUAGGUAUGUGUAUCCAUUUUUUGAUUAGUAUCCUGAAUUUAAAACCUAAGAUUGUCAACUGCUUAAAAUAACUCACGUUUCAAUAUAGCUAUGAAGCGAUCACUAGUAAUAGUCCAGAAUGAACCGUUUUUAUUUGAUUAGUGAUGCAACUGAUCCUGUAUGCCUGUCAUGUGUCUCAAGUAAGUUGUAAGUUAGGGUUGUAAUAUACUGGUAGAAAUAUUCCAGGCUGGGAUGUUUCAUCUUGUUACCUGGAGACCCAGAACUGCCUAAUCUGAAUCAUCGACUGCCCUGAUAUAAAAAGCUGUAAAUGUUGAGCAUCAUAUUUCAAAUGUUUUUUUUUUUUUCUUGAACCCUCAUUUUUAAAGCAUGUGCAAAUUCAGAGAGGAAUACUUAUCAUUUUUAUCCUGCAGCUUGGAACUUCUGCAUUGUAUAUCACAUUUUUAAUACAACGCAAUAACAUUUUAAUUUGCAAAUAAGCUUUUAAGGUACAUGUAUAGAUGUUUUUGUCAUAUGCCAUAUUCAGUUAUUCAUAGUGGUUGGAGAACUUCCCCUAGAUAACUAAUAUAUAUAUAAUUUUAUUUGAUUUUUGAUUUUGCAACAUUUCAAUUUACUCCAGUAAGAAAUUGGCACUAUUUUUGUGAAAGGAAUAUGCCCCUGCAGUGUUAAUAAAAAAUGCAAGUAGACAAAUCUUUGGGUUAAUCCUUUCAGAGUCAUAACAGAAUAAUUAACAUUUAUUGGUACAGUGCGUGUUACUUUCAUUAAAGUGGGGCCAAAGUCUCCUAUUCAUUCUUAUUCAAAGUUAUUCUCUCCAUUGAUUGGUUGCUUUCUAAAGGAGUUGGGAAAGGAAUUGCCCCUCAUUGGCUACAGGAUUAUUUCAGGAAGGCUUCACCUUUGGAGAUUGGACCAGACCAAAGCCACCCCUCACCUGCCAUCUGCUUCCACCCUCGAAUCUUGUAGAUAAAGACUAGAACACGUUCUGAAACACGGUUUUAUUAAACACGUAUUAAUAAUGUGACUUCAGAAAUAAAGCUCUAUUUUAAAAUGGUCUA